CGGAGUACGCCAUUGGCGCGGCAAGUUCGAAUGUUUUGGUUUUGAAAAUACGUACAAGAACCUUAGAAAAAGUUGAAACAUUCGCUUGGAUUUUGUUCAUUUACAAUAAAGCGAUGUGAUCGAAGGCUGGAAUCAACAACAUUCUGGUGCCUCGAAGAGAGCUUUACGAUAUGGUUUCUCAACCGAUGGUCAAACUUCCAGAGAUCGAAGAUUUUGAUGUAAUUAAACCAAUCAGCCGUGGUGCAUAUGGACAAGUCUUCCUGGGCAGGAAGAAGGGGGAGUCUGGAGACAAGUCUGGCACGCUGUAUGCUAUAAAAAGCAUGAAAAAAACCGAACUGGUAAAAAAGAAUAUGAUUGACCAAGUCGUGGCUGAAAGGGACGCUCUAGCGAUAUCAAAAAGUCCGCAUAUUGUACACCUCUUUUACUCCUUUCAAUCUAAAGAGCAGAUUUUUUUGGUCAUGGAAUAUCUGAUUGGCGGUGAUGUCAAAUCAUUGUUACACAGUAUGGGAUACUUUGAUGAACAAAUGUCCAGACUAUAUAUUGCACAGGUUGUAUUAGCUCUAGAGUAUUUACACAGUCAUGGAAUUAUUCACAGAGAUUUAAAGCCGGAUAAUAUGUUGGUGACAAACGAGGGCAGAAUUAAGCUCACUGACUUUGGUCUCUCUAAAGUAGAUCUGGAGCGAAAUAAAAAGCCAACAGUAAUGGAUGUGAUGAACACUCCCUCGUGCAAGCCUCCAAUCUCGUCACCAGGGUACUGGAGAACACCCGGACAAGUUGCCUCACUUGCAACUGAUUUUACCUUUUCGAUUCCAAAAUCGAUAAAGCCAAGAUCUCGAAUGCUAUCCCGAAUCCUAACGGAAGAACGUUCGGAAACAACGGAAUCACCGUACGUCUUUGCCACUCCAGACAGCAAGUCGAAAAGACGCAGGUCAUCGUUUGGUGCAGGCAAAAACGUGUUUCAAACUCCCGACGUUGGCCAGCGCACCAGGUCGUUUAUUACAACACCGCUCAACCCCGUUACUGUGAACGAGAAAUCAGAACACCGAGGCAGAAAACGAAACAUGAAAAGUUGGCGAUCAAAUUGGUCUGAUUCCGAGGCGCAUAGCUCCGAUCCCGAGAAGGAGCCGUCUUCGGAGGACGAAGAUACCGAACAGUGCGCGAAGCGACGGCGAACAAGUCCGACUGGCUUGACAUGUGAAAUUCAAGGUUUCGAGAUAAAUCGCGCAAUAAACCAGCCCUCGUGCGUUGAUGAUGUGAAGGAAACGGUUGCUAAGGAUGAGGAAGCGGUCGCCAAGAAAGAUGACGUAGAUGCGUUGACGUCACCAGUAACAAAGGAGACAAGAAUUUCAGGAAUAUUUAAUAUAAACAAUUCAUUUAAUCAAAGUCUUAUGGACUGUAGUUUCAAUGCUGAAGAGAAUAUCCAUCAACCUUCAGAUAAAGAACAACACAAUAAGGACAAUGACGGUACCCAUGGGGAAAAUAGUGUCCAAGAAGAUAAUAAUGGUAAAUCGAUUAACACUUCACCGAGUAACAGUGUCUUUUACUCGUGCAGCAGUGAAGUUGGCGCUGUCCAGAAAUCUGCGGGUCUUACGCAUGAACUGCACGGCAGUUCCACGUGCGGAACACAUGCCAGCCCAGAAAACGUUCACGUGGCAACUUCUUCAUCGUACGCCACUCCCGCGCGUGGGGUUCACGCAUCUUUGCGCCACUCGGGAUCCGGAGAUAACAAGAGCGAAAUUGGCGAAAGAGUAUUUCAAACGCCUGUUGGUAAUGCUCCGAAACACUUUCAAACCGCUUCAGUAUCACGAAUCAGGUUUCAAUCACCAAUGGAAAUUGCUUACGAUGUGCUACCUCGAAAUUCAAGCACAACACCGCGUCGACGUCAUAACCACAUAACUCCAAUGAGAACGCCCAAAUCAUGUAAGAGAGGAGCAGCCCCAAAACCCGCUCAGAGGAUCCUUGGAACACCGGAUUAUUUAGCCCCGGAGGUUUUACUCCAACUAGAUCACGGCGUUGGUGUGGACUGGUGGGCUUUGGGAGUGUGUUUAUACGAAUUUCUUACUGGAAUCCCACCGUUUUCUGACGAAACUCCAGAGUUAAUCUUUAAACACAUCAUGGAAAAUGAGUAUUUGCUGCCGGAAGGGGAGGAAGCGUUGUCUGAAGAUGCAGAAACGGCCAUUGCUGGUAUUCUUGUGAAAGAUGUUUCUCAAAGACCCGAGGCUGGAGGAAUCAAGAAGUUGCCAUUUUUUUCUGUCUUGGAAUGGUUGAACAUCGAUGGUUACCCAGCGCCAUUCGUUCCAAACCCUGACGACGAUAUGGACACAUUUUACUUUGAAGCCCGCAACAACGUUCAAAACCUGCAUAUGUCAUCAUUCUGCAACUAACCAGAGAGAAACAAGAACUACAAACAAUUUAUCCAGUGAUCAAAUCUAAUACAAACAGAUCAUGUGUGGGUUAAAAAGCAAAACUACAAAUCGUGCCCUUCAAAAUCGCGAUUGAUGUAACAAUACGAUGUAAAAUUUUAUAUUUUAUUAUCUUCAUUUAU